CUCUUCAAGUAUGUCCUAUUCAGCAACGUACAGCUGCAACCCUGGGUACCAACUGUUGGGAUCUGCCACAGCUAUUUGUGAAAUGGAAGAAAUUGAUUUUGUUUUCUGGAUCUCCGUACCUACGUGCAUAGUUGUCUCCUGUGGGUCUCUUCCCUCUAUUUCAAAUGGAUCACCUGGUGCUCCAACAAGUACAACAUUUGGAGGGACAGGGACGUGCAGCUGUAAUACUGGUUACGUACUGUCAGGAUCAGCUACAGUGAACUGUGAGGCUAGCGGAGGUUGGAGUACUAGACCAACUUGUGAAGUCAUUUCCUGUGGAUCUCUUCCCUCUAUUUCCAAUGGGUCACCUGGUACUCCGACAAGUACAACAUUUGGAGGAACAGGGACAUACAGCUGUAAUACUGGUUACGUACUGUCAGGAUCAGCUACGGUGAACUGUGAGGCUAGCGGAGGUUGGAGUACUAGACCGACUUGUGAAAUCGUCUCCUGUGGGUCUCUUCCCUCUAUUUCCAAUGGAUCACCUGGUACUCCAACAAGUACAACAUUUGGAGGGACAGGGACGUACAGCUGUAAUACUGGUUACGUACUGUCAGGAUCAGCUACAGUGACCUGUGAGGCUAGCGGAGGUUGGAGUACUAGACCGACUUGUGAAAGUGAGCAAUGAAUAGCCUUUAAUUGUAAAAUGCACCGCCUUUCCAUUAUAACAGUCGUCUCCUGUGGGUCUCUUCCCUCUAUUUCCAAUAGAUCACCUGGUACUCCAACAAGUACAACAUUUGGAGGGACAGGGACGUACAGCUGUAAUACUGGUUACGUACUGUCAGGAUCAGCUACAGUGAACUGUGAGGCUAGCGGAGGUUGGAGUACUAGACCAACUUGUGAAA